AUGUCCCAUCUCGUUAUGUUGGGGCAGAACUCAGAAGAUGCACCCAUGGAUCUUCGAAAAUCAGCAACCUUUAUACCAAGGAAUAAGGGAAGUGAUGAUGCUUCUGUAAAUAGCUGCCAUAUGGUAAAGCAAAUUCGCAAAGAUGGUUCUGAACAAUUCUUAAAGCAAACAGAUUUCCCUGUCCGCAUUGCAGCUAGGGUGGCCCAGCAAAGUGAAGGUGGGGCGAUGCAAGAAGAUAAGCCAGAAAUGAAUAUGGCUGAUAGGACUGGUGGUUGCCAGAAACCAAGUCGCCAUUAUCGAAACAGGUCAAGGUUUGAAGGUUCUGUUUCUUGAUGUUCUAAGGGAGGGUUUAUGGAGGUUCAUGCUAUAUUUCAAAGUUUUUUCCCCCUCUUUAGCUCAUACUGUAUGUAUCAUUGGUGUUAUAGCUGCUAACUGACGGUACCCUUUUUUCCAGCUGCUGUUUUCUUAUGUAUGUUGUGG